UGAAGUAACCAACCCCUCUAUCUUCAGGGUUUGUUGGGUUCUGGAAACAAACGUCACCGUCCGGUGUUGCCAGGCACUGUUGGAUUAAUACCUUGCUCUUAUCUAGGGGUCUAGGUGGCCUUCCCCCAUUUCCUCCUAGCUCAGAGUAGUGUGGAGGGUGGGCAAACAGGCUUAGAGGUUUGGGCGAUGCAAGCAAGGAGCUGGGGCUUGCUUAUCCAAGUUCUCACAGAUGAAACUUCUGUGGGAAUAUUCAGCCCAGUUCUCCCGGGUCACCCAAAAUGCUCAUUUUAGGGAUCGGCAAACUACAGAAACGGGCUCCGGGACCUGAACUCUGCACGAAAUGGCGCUUUCACGACAAAACAAGUGGCACCCGUAGAAGUGAUAGACCUGACUCCGGAAGCAUUGCCUCUGGGCGCCAAAUUUGAGUUCAUAGCCACGAAGUUCAAAUUUGCCGCGUGACCGCACUGUGAUAGGUGGGUACAGGGAGGAGCUCAACACGUCAGUUUCCCACUUCCCGCGGAGCGUGCCUGAGCCUAUAAAAAGUCUUGCGCCUGGCUUCUCAAUUGCUCCGGAGUUCCCACGCCAUCCACUACUAGUUGGAGGUGAGCAACAGUCAGCUUCACCAGAGGCGGCUGUAGCAGACACGGACAUGUCGGAAGAAGUACCUGGCCAAUCUAAGAUUGAAGAAGAUGAUUGGUGGAUUGCAGAUGAAUGUCAUGGAGGGAUGUCCGGUCAGCUGCUGUCUGGAGAACUGAAGGAUCUCAAGCCAGAACAUGCUUUGGCGUCGACUCAGGCAUUACUGUGCAGCUGUAAUGUGCCAGGCAGCCUGCCACGGGAGGGCUGCAUCAUUAUUGUGGACUCAGACAGUGAAGAAGAAUUGGAGCCCUUUGUGACCAAAAAGAAGCAGCAGAAACAGAACAUUAGCUGUGUGGUGAUUGACUCAGACUCUGAGGAUGAGUACUUCCGUGAGAACGUCAGAGCUCAGGCAUAUGAAAUAAGCAGUGAAGAUGAGGUUCUAUAUGUGUCUUCUAACAUUGAGAAGCCUGCCAUCGAUGAGCCUCCAAUAGUUAUUUCUGAUGAUGAUAGUGAUUUUGAGGGCCCCGUGAUGAUCAUAGAUGACGAUUUGUGUGGUCAGGGCCAAAGCUCCUCAAAUGAAAAAGAGAUGGAGGCCUUUGAUGUCUGCCAGCACAAUUCAUCUGCUGGUGUUGCUGAGCUGGGCAGUGGUGAAAAUCUCUGCCCACCGCCAGGUGUUGCUGAGACUGAGGUGGAGAUUCCAAAUGAAGAGCCGGCACCUGUGGUGGAGCAACCAAGGAAAAGGAAGAGCAAAACCAAAAAUAUAUGUGUGGUGCCCGCUGUUACAGCACCAAAAACACGUGGGCCUUCAAAGAGGUUUGCUUCUAAGAGGAAGCCCCAUGCGGCAAAAUGUGACAAAAGCCACACUGGGCAUUCCGUGUGCGAAAUACCUGGAUGUUUCUUGCAUGACGUGGAAAAGGCAAAGCAGUAUUCUGGAAGGAAGUUCAAGAAAAAUAAGGACAGCCUGGUUCAGGAAAUGUACAGUCUGUUUAACAGAUCUGUCUUUGACAAAAAGCUGCCAGAGAAAAUCGAUAUCGGCUGGAAUAAGAAGAUGCUGAGAACUGCUGGCUUGUGCACCACUGGCGAGACACAGUACCCGAAGAAGGAGCGUUACGCGAAGAUCCAGAUUUCUCUGAAAGUCUGCGACUCCGCAGACCGCCUUCGGGAUACUUUGAUCCAUGAAAUCUGCCACGCGGCCUCCUGGCUGAUUGAUGGUGUUCGUGAUUCUCAUGGCGACUCAUGGAAGUUUUAUGCCAAAAAAUCGAACCUGGUGCACCCAGAGCUGCCCCUGGUCACCCGUUGCCAUAACUACAAGAUUAACUACAAGAUUCAUUAUGAAUGCACUCAGUGCAAAGCCAGAGUCGGCCGCUACACCAAAUCAUUGAACACCGACCGCUUUAUCUGUGCCAAGUGCAAGGGGACUCUGGUCAUGCUGCCGCUAACUCGUAAGGAUGGGACCCCCAUUGUGCCCCAUGUGAGACCAUUUGCCAAGUAUGUGCAGGAGAAUUAUAGAUUGGUUAAGCAGUCAGCGGAAGGACUAAGCCAUGGCGAUGUGAUGAGACAGCUCAGCAAGGAUUAUGCCCUUAAGCACAAGCGAAAUCCUUAAGGUUAUCUGAGAGU